ACGUAGAACAUUGAAAAGAGUGUGAAUUCGACAUUAAAGAUGGUGAGAGAGUGAUUAUGCAGUGACAUGAGAAAGCCAUCGUAACAGACGUGGAUAGUAGAUCGAGUGUCACCAUACGUCAAGAUGGCUGAGCUUAUAGCGAUCCCGUUGAAGAAACCGUCUGAUAUUGACGUAAUAAAACCUCUUACCAAUAUCAUCAAAUCGACAUACAACAGUCCGGGCAAUCAAAAGGAUUACACGGAGGCUAUUGCGGAAUUCAGCAAGCUGAGAAACAACGCUUUGUGGCGAGCCUUCGAAAAGUACGAAAGUUCCUUGGAGGUUAUCUACAGUUAUUACGAUCAAUUAUGUGCUCUGGAAGGAAAAAUUCCAGCUCAUGAGUUGCAAAUACCAUUCAAAUGGAAAGAUGCCUUUGAUCGUACAAUUUUUGGAGGGAAACUUAGUUUAACAAUCAGUACAUUGGCAUAUGAGAAAGUAUGCGUCCUCUUCAACAUCGCCGCUUUACAAAGCUCGGUAGCCGCUAUGCAAUCGUUAGAGAGCGACGAAGGAUUAAAGUUAGCGGCUAAAUUAUUUCAGCAAUCGGCUAGUAUAUUUAAUUCCCUGAAGGGGGAUGUUAUGAUGGCAAUUCAGCAGGAACCGACACCUGACAUUAGUCCGGAAACACUUGGGGCGCUAAGCGCAUUAAUGCUCGCACAAGCGCAGGAAAUAUUUGUGCACAAGGCAAUUCACGAUUCUAUGAAAGACGCCAUCGUCGCUAAACUAGCGGCACAAGCGGAAGAAUUGUAUGCGGUUGCUCUGAAACUGUUUCAGAAGGAGAUUUUCCGCGCAUUUUGGGACAAAGAGUGGGUGCCUCUGAUAGCAGGUAAACAAGCUGGCUAUCGUGCUAUGUCGACGUAUUAUCAGUCGCUUGUAUGCAAGAGUAAUAAAAUGAUCGGAGAAGAGAUCGCCAGAUUAGAGCAUGCCGUAGAGCUAUUCCAAGCUGCUCAGCAGAGAUCGAACAAGCCUAAUUUGUUCCAAGACUACGCUAACAAAGCGCAGAGGAACUUAACGGAGGUGAAGAAGGAUAAUGAUUUUAUCUAUCACGAAAGGAUCCCGGACAUCAAGAGUCUGGAAGCAAUAGGAAGAGCUUCCGUCGCCAAGCUACUUCCGCUUCCUGAAACGUUCAGUUCUAAUUUCAAAGACCUCUUUGUGGAAUUGCUGCCUGUCGGCGUACACCACGCAUUGUCAGCCUACGAGACUCGUCGCAAUGAGCUUGUCAAUUACGAAGUUUCGAAUUUACGCGAAAUGACCCAACUUCUGAACAGCGUCUUGGCGAGUUUGAAUCUACCGGCAGCUAUAGAAGACACCAGCGGAACGGAAAUACCUCAAUCGCUGUUGGACAAAGCGUCUUUCGUACGGGAUGCUGGUGGAAUAAGAGGUUUGGAAGCGUUCAUGAAAGAGUUGCCGGAUUUGUUACAACGUAAUAAGGAACUCCUGGACGAGUCUGAGAGAAUGCUGCAAGAAGAACGUGAAUCCGAUGAUCAACUACGAGAUCAGUUCAAGGAACGUUGGAAGAGGAUACCGAGUGCCCGAUUGACGGAACAGUUUUCUGUAAAUUUGCAGAAAUAUCAUGAGAUUAUUAAUAAUGCAGUUAACGCCGAUAAGGUGGUUCGUGAGAAAUACGAGAAGAACAAAGAAGGGAUGGAAAUCUUGAGUUUGGACGAGGACGAACUUACCAGGGCUGUCCCGCAGGGUUCGGCUGUUCAAGAGAGCAACGUUGUCAUGCAACUUCGAAAAUUGAUGGAUGAUGUGGGAACUUUGAAAGCUGAACGUGAUGCUAUCGAAAGUGAAUUCAAGUCCGCUACCAAUGAUAUGAAGAGCACAUUCCUGUCGGCGUUAGCUAAAGAUGUCGCGAUCGAUGAGCCGAAUUUAUCCGUCGAGGGUUUGGGAAAAUGUUACGGGCCUUUGCAGAAGCAAGUGCGGGAAAAUAUAGCACACCAGGAGGAAUUAAUCGCUCAGAUACAGAGUUGCCACGCAGAAUUUACGAACGAACAAGCCGGCGCUGGUAGCUCGCGCGAGACGAUGCUCUGCAAGCUGGCUUCCGCCCACGAUGCAUUUAAAGAGCUCAAGAACAACUUGACGGAAGGGGCGAAGUUUUAUAACGAUUUAACACAGCUAUUGGUGGUUUUCCAAAACAAGAUAUCCGACUUCUGUUUCGCCCGGAAAACCGAGAAGGAGGAAUUGCUGAAAGAUUUAACGACAAAUCUGAGCCACAGCGGCCCUGCUACGACACCGAACAUUCCAUCCCACCACAGCGGGCCACCUGGCGUGAGCCAAGCAGCGGAUGCACCACAGCUACCCUAUCCUGUGCAACAAAGUGGUAUGCCUAUGCCUUACGGUGCCACACCGGCGACACCGUAUCCAUCGUACGUCUCCCCACCUAUGCCAGCAGCUUACAAUCCGUACGCUACGAUGCCGUAUCCUACGCAAGGAGGAUACAAUCCGUACCAACCGAUGCCUCAAGCGCCGUACGGCGGCUACGCGACAUUACCGCGUUAUGGUGGUGCCCAACCGCCGCGUGGUCCGAACCAAUGGUAAAAGUUAUACAAACGUGUAGCAUUAAUAAUAAACUUUAGGGUAUACUGUAGAGUAUACUGUGAUUUUGUGGAAAAUAUGCGGAUUAUAAUAAUGAUUAAAAUAAACUAAAUAUAUAUAUAUAUAUUCUAAAAAAAAGCUAUGAUUAAUAAACAACAGAUUCAUGGAGACAAUGUGGUUGCGUCCGGCAAAAGUCACAGCACAUACGUUAGCGCUUUGUGUUUGUAUUCCCAUGGUUUUGCUGAAUGCUCUUCUUGACAGUUACCAGCGGCUACGCUUUCCAGUACUUUCCAGCGCUUAGAAAAUAUAUUUUUAAGAGCUAGAAAAAAACGGCGAUGUUGUUCAAUAAAUAUGUUAAAAGGCGCCGCCGCACAGUGUUCGACAGAGGAUUUUACAAUACAGUUGCUUUUCUUUCUGCUGAACGCAACCAAUAUUGUUUGUAAUCCAAGGAUAUUUACAUUUACCGAUUGUUCCAUCACAAGUUUUGUCAUAGUAAAUCUUUUAUAAUACAGAUCGACCGUUGCUGUUUGUUGAGCUUUAAGUACCGCUUUAUCAAUUGCAUGAAGGAGCUUAUUAUACGUCAAUAAAUUUAUAAAUAUAUUUUGUAAAAUAA